CUGGCUGAGGUUGAGAACUGCUCCAUGGUUCCAGCCGGGCUGUUGUGCCAAGACCUCUGGCAGCUCCCGCCAGCUUGUGUGCAGGUGCAGAGAAGGCAGGGAGUUAGGUUGUCCAGGGCUGGUUUCUGCCAGGUAGGAAUGAGGUGCAGAGCACUAAGCAAUAGGUGAGUGAUGGAGUGGUGGCCAUUAAUCCAGGCUGGUAUAAGGAUGAACAGGAAAAGUAGAGAAGGUAGGACGGGCUGGCACGGAGAAAGUAAGUAGAGGCGGAGUGUGAGCUCAGUGCAGCGUGGUGUCUGCAAAGUUCAGGGCUGUAUCCCAGCAACUGGCACAUGUUUGGCACAGAGUUUUCACUCAGUGAAUAGUUGAAUAAAUGAACUGAGGGCUCAAGGGAUCAGAGGUCUCAGGUAGAAGGCAGGUAAGGUGGGGGUAAUGGAGAAGGUUGUUGUCAAAGUGGUUGUGCUUUAGAAAGGGGGGAUUCCAGAGGCAGGUGGUAUGACUGGUCUGUUCUCAUGGGGAGUGGCUGAAGGAAACAGAGAGGCCAGCAUUGGGUGGGCAGUCUAUGGGAAUGCAGAGGUUGCCAGUGUGGGUGCACAGUGGCCAGUCUUCAGGGAGGUGAGGGAAGAUAGCAUUUCUCAAACUGGGGUCCUUGGACAUCUGAAUCAGUAUGGUGUGGUAUGGGGGUGGGAACUGCAGACCUCUGAGCCCACCCCAGCCUUCUGGAAAGUUGAGCCUCAAAGGACCAGGGGGUUUAUGGGGCAGGGGAACAUUCAGUGCCUCUGAGGUCAGGGGGGUGGAAUACCCGGUGGACCCUUUGUAUAGUGGCCUCUAUCCAGGUCAGAGGUGGAGGGAGGUUAUUCGAGGAAGAGGUAUUGAGGGUGGGAAAGAGCCAGCACCAAGGAUUCAGGGCCUGAGGGGCCCAUGUGGGCUGGGGGCCAGAAGGAUGGGGCCUUGGCCUGUGGAUGCAGCUGUGGCUAGGAGGCCCUGGCUGGUCAUUGGUUUCUGAUCCUCUUCUCUGGGGCCUGGUGGGGGGGGGAUGCUCCCCAAACUGAGCACCUCCUCUGUGGGCAUAGGGGUGAGGGGUGGUAUAAGGGGUUGUGGGAAUCUCUGCCCCAAUUCCUUCUCUGCUUCACUCUUGAGGCAGCAUCACAUUAUACAGAGUUGACCCAGUCUCUCUUCUCAGCCCCUAGACCCCUCGUGGCCAGUGCCCCACUCUCUGCUGGCCACUGGCAGAGUCCCUCCACUUAGCACCCCUAGCCCUUCCUUCCACUCUUAGCCCCCCCACUCAGAACCCCAGCUCUCAGCCCUCUGUGGGUUCAGCCCACUCUCAGUGCCCCUCAUCCUGCACUCUAUUCUUACUGCCCCCGCUAAUCCCUUCUUCCUAUGUAGAGACCCAUAUUGGCCACCACACUCAACCACUUUUACUCCUGACCCCAACAGAGAGAACCCCCCGUCAAUCCCCUCCCCGAAGGAAACCCCUAGUUGCCCCUCUCAUGGGCCAGGCAGGCCUAGGUCCUGGAGUCCCCCUGGCCCAGCCGGUCCCGCCCCAUCCCAGCGGGCUGAGUCAGGCGGCAGGAACUGGGCGGGGGGCGGCGCCGGGAGGAGCCAGGGCCUGAGCCAGAGCGGCGGGGAGCGAGCGCAGCCCAGCCGGGGUCAGCACCGCGCAACCCUGGGCCAGCAGGGCUGCGGGGAGUGAGCGCGGGGCCGGGACUGUCCCAGACUCACCAUGAACGCCAAGAAGAAAGGGAGCCCCGCGCGGACUCAUUCCAUGAUGUCCCUGUCGGUGCGGCCGCAGCGCCGCCUGCUCAGCGCCCGGGUCAGUAGAAGCCAGUCCUUCGCAGGUGUCCUCGGCAACCACGAGCGGGGUCCCAGGAGCUUCCCGGCCUUCAGCCCUCCUGUCCCCCCACGGAAACUCGCAGCGCUCUCCCGAGUUUCCAGAAUGUUUUCCGUGGCACAUCCAGCCCCCAAAGUUCCACAGCCUGAGCGGCUAGACCAGGUGUACGCUGCGCUCAAGCGGGGCCUGACGGCCUACUUGGAAGUGCACCAGCAGGAGCAGGAGAAACUCCAGGGUCAGAUAAGGGAGUCCAAGAGGAAUUCCCGACUGGGCUUCCUGUAUGAUUUAGACAAGCAAGUCAAGUCCAUUGAACGCUUCCUGCGCCGGCUAGAGUUCCAUGCCAGCAAGAUCGAUGAGCUGUAUGAGGCAUACUGUGUCCAACGGCGACUCCGGGAUGGUGCCUACAACAUGGUCCGUGCUUAUACUACCGGGUCCCCAGGGAGCCGAGAGGCCCGGGACAGCCUGGCUGAGGCCACUCGAGGGCAUCGAGAGUACACGGAGAGCAUGUGUAUGCUGGAGAGUGAGCUGGAAGCACAGCUGGGUGAAUUCCAUCUCCGGAUGAAAGGGCUGGCCGGCUUCGCCAGACUAUGUGUGGGCGAUCAGUAUGAGAUCUGCAUGAAGUAUGGGCGUCAGCGCUGGAAACUACGGGGCCGCAUCGAGGGUAGCGGGAAGCAGAUGUGGGACAGUGAGGAAACCAUCUUUCUGCCUCUGAUCACAGAAUUCCUGUCCAUCAAGGUGACAGAACUGAAAGGGCUGGCAAACCAUGUGAUUGUGGGCAGCGUCUCCUGUGAAACCAAGGACCUGUUUGCUGCCCUGCCCCAGGUUGUGGCUGUGGACAUCAAUGAUCUCGGCACCAUUAAACUCAGUUUGGAAGUCACAUGGAGCCCAUUUGACAAGGAAGACCAGCCCUCAGCCACUUCUUCUGUCAACAAGGCAUCCACAGUCACCAAACGCUUCUCCACCUAUAGCCAGAGCCCACCAGACACACCUUCGCUUCGGGAGCAGGCCUUCUAUAACAUGCUGCGACGGCAGGAGGAGCUGGAGAAUGGGACAGCAUGGUCCCUGUCAUCCGAAUCUUCAGACGACUCAUCCAGCCCACAGCUCUCAGGCACUGGCCGCCACUCCUCAGCCCCCAGGCCCCUGGUGCAGCAACCAGAUCCCCUGCCCAUCCAAGUCACCUUCUGUAGGCCUGAGACCCCCACCUCUGGGCUCAUGAAUGAGGAGGGGGCCAUAGCCCCAGCCCUGGCCAAUGGGCAUGCCCCUUAUAGCCGGACACUGAGUCACAUCAGUGAGGCCAGCGUGGAUGCUGCCUUGGCAGAGGCUUCAGUGGAAGCUGUGGGCCUAGAAAACCUAGGUCAGGUACCUAGCCCACUUGCACACCCAGAUCCCACACAGGAGUGCCCUAGUUCUGUCUCUCCUGUCCCUUCUGCCCUGGACCCUGGUCAUUCCACCAUAAGCCCAACCCUCAGUACAGUAGGCUCUACCCACAUAUCUGCAGACCUUGCUGCAUCUGAACAACUAAAUCCAGUUCCCAAGGCCACAGACUCUGGUUCUUCUGAUCUACCAGGCCCCACCCACACUACUAUAAGCUCCACUUAUAGUGCCAUAAGCCCUACCCACAGUGCUGUAAGCCUCACCUACUCUACCACAGGCUCUACCGGUAAGCCAAUGGUCUCUACCCUCACUACUGCAGGCUCUACCCCAAGUCCUACAGGCCCUACCCCCAGUGCCACAGGAUCAGUCCAGACCACUACAAGCCCCAAACACACUGUCACAAGCCCAACAUAUACUGUCACAAGGCCCAUCUGCAAGCCAGUGCUCUCUACCCUCACAACUGUAGGCCCUACCAUCAAUACUAUAGGCCCAGUCCAGACCACCACAAGCCCCACCCACACUACCACAAGCCCCACCCAUAAGCCAGUGCUUUCUAGCUUAACUUCUGUUGGCCCAGCUCAGACCACAAGCCCCACUCACACUACUGCAAGCUCUACCCACACUACCAUAAGCCCCACCCAUACCAUAACAAGCACCACCCACACUACCAUAAGCCACACCCAUACCACCCCAAGCUCCACCCACACCACGCCAACCCCCACUCAAAAAACCGGGGUGCCAACUCACACCACUACAAAUUCAACCUCGAAUGCUAUAGACCUAGUCCAGACCAGUAUAAGCCUCACCCAUUCUGCCACAAGCCCCACCCUUAAAACUGUAAGCCCUUCCACUUCUCAAGAGCUUGUGACUCUCUCCAGCCCCUCUGUGCACACAGACCCCACCCACCCAGGCACAAACUCCCUUCCCUUUGGCCACCCAGCUUCCACCCUCUGCACUCAGGCAGACCUCACAGGCCCCAGCACCUCCUCCCCCAGUCCCACCUGUUCUGGUUGGGAACCCCUCGCAAGCCCUGCCCUAGAGCCCAACCUUCAGAGCCCAAGCCCCCCUCCCUCAUCCCUAACCCCCACACCCCAGCAUUCAGAUCAUAGCCUGGCCAUGGCUGCUCAGGCCCCAGUCCCAGAAGCAGCUGGAGGGGCUGAGGACAGGAAGCUAGAGGUGGCACUGGGGGCUCUAAUGGCAGCCCUGGAUGACUAUCGUGGUCAGUUCCCUGAGCUGCAGGGCCUGGAGCAGGAGCUGACUCGACUGGAGAGUCUGCUAACGCAGAGGCAAGGUUUGACCCGGAGCCGGGCCUCCAGUCUCAGCAUCACUGUGGAGCAUGCCCUGGAGAGUUUCAGCUUUCUCAAUGACGAUGAAGAUGAAGACACUGAUGGUCCUGGGGACAGGCCCCCAAGCAGCCCGGAGUCUGGGGCUGAGGACAGCCUAGAUUCACCCAGUACCCGCCCCCUCAGCACAGGGUGUCCAGCUCUGGAUGCUGCCCUGGUCUUGCACCUGUACCACUGCAGUCGCCUCCUGCUGAAACUGGGCACAUUUGGGCCCCUGCGAUGUCAGGAGGCAUGGGCCCUGGAGCGGCUGCUGCGGGAGGCCCGAGUGCUCGAGGCAGUGUGUGAGCUCAGCAGGCAAUGGGCAAUCCCUGCCAUCUCCGCCCAGGAAGGUAAAGGCCCUGUGGGCCCUGGCUCUGGCAUCUGUCUCCAGGCUCCUGUCCCACGCCACCCUACCCUCAUCUGCCACCUGCCUGCCCUGUCUCUGACAGUUUCUGCACCCCUCACAGUGGUGCAGUUCUCAGCCUCUCGGCCCGGCUUCCUGAACUUCUGGGACCAGUGCACAGAGGGACUCAGCCCCUUCAUCUGUCCCGUGGAGCGGGUGAUCCUCACCUUCUGCAAGCAGUACAGUGCCCGCCUCUCCCUGCGCCAGUCUGGUUUAGCCGAGGCUGUGUGUGUCAAGUUCCUGGAGGAUGCCCUGGGGCAGAAGCUGCCCAGGAGGCCCCAGCCAGGCCCUGGAGAGCAGCUCACCAUCUUCCAGUUUUGGAGUUACGUGGAAACGUUGGAUGGACCCUCAAUGGAGGCCUAUGUGACCGAGACUGCCGAGGAGGUAUUACUGGUGCGGAACCUGAACUCAGAUGACCAAGCUGUGGUGCUAAAGGCUCUGAGGUUGGCACCCGAGGGGCGGCUGCGUAAGGACGGGCUGCGGGCGCUGAGCUCCUUGCUGGUUCAUGGCAACAACAAGGUCAUGGCUGCUGUAAGCACCCAGCUCCGGAGCCUGUCACUGGGUCCUGCCUUCCGAGAGAGGGCCCUCCUGUGCUUCCUGGACCAACUGGAGGAUGAAGAUGUACAGACGCGAGUGGCUGGCUGCCUGGCCUUGGGCUGCAUCAAGGCAUCCGAGGGCAUUGAGCCCCUGGUGUACCUGUGCCAAACGGACACAGAGGCUGUGCGGGAGGCUGCCCGACAGAGCCUGCAACAGUGUGGGGAAGAGGGACAGUCUGCCCAUCGACGGCUGGAGGAAUCGCUGGAUGCCCUGCCCCGCAUCUUCGGGCCUGGCAGCAUGGCCAGCACAGCAUUCUAACCCUCCCAGGCUCUCAGAGCCCCCACCCCCACUUUCAGGGCUCACCAGGCACUGGCAGGGAGGGUGAAGGCUGGCUCUGGACACCCCUCCCCCAGAUUCCUUUCAAUGAAAAUCUAAUAUAUUCUGUUCCCCUUGGGGUUGGUAGAGUCAGUGUCUGUAGUCAAGUGCCUCGCAGCCUAGGCUCAGCAUGCCCCUUGCCACAAAUAAGUGUCCAGAGUCUGGCCACCCUGCCUCUGCCCCCCACAUCCCUUGGUUUUGUAUAUUAUUUACAGUUUUACAGAAAAUUAAAAGCAAAACGCCUUUCCUACA